CUUACUUUUUGGAGUGUCUUGAGAUUUGUAGUAGAGAAUUUUCGAUGAGGGCUUUAGUGCAGGAUUCCCAUGUUUUCAUGGGGCUCUUUGUAAUUCGUUAACGGAUUUUUUUUACUCCGUUUCCUGUCCACGUAUCGUUGCACCCAGCUUGAUGAUUGAGUUGUUGCGUCGCUUGUGAAAUCCGAGAGCGUUUAUAGAUUUCGGCAGUUGCUACGGACUCUGUUAUAAAGGAAGUUACAGUGAAUCGUGUCAAGGAAUUUGUAUAAAAGUGGGAAAAGUAUGGCUGAGAAAAAUAUUCAGACGGCUGCGAAAAACGCACAAAGUAAGGAACCUGAGAUAAAGGUUUCCCAGAUGUUUCAGGCACUUGCCAGGUCGAGUCAGCAGUACUUUUAUGAACUCUUUGCCGAUCUAUAUGAAUUCAACCCAAUGGAGCAUGAACACUUUAAAUUCUUCAUCGCUUGUGCCUUAUUUGGCCCACCUAACACCAAUAAUGUUAGCGAUAGUACGACGUGUGCAGGCAUAGAAUUGUAUGAUGCCAAACAGAUGAAUGUUAUCAAUAGCUUAUACAAGAUUCUCUGUGAGCGAGGUCAGCAGGAUGAGAAGAGCACCAUUUGGUGCGGUAUUUUAUACAAUGUUGUAUUUGAAAUAGAGGCUAAUGAAAUAAGUAUGAAGUGCGAGACAAAGGGAAUGGACAACAAAAAUGAAAUAAUCUGUCCUAAACCGGUGUUCAGGCUCAAGAAGAAUGAGUCGUGUUAUUAUAUCGAUGAGAUUGGGCGGGUUUAUAAAAGUUGGCUGGAUUAUCUUGAAAACAAUACCUUAGGCCCUUGCAUUAUGGCCCUACCGAAGGACGGUAGUUAUAAGGCUGAUCCCAAACAGGAAAUUACUGUUUAUAAUUCUUUGGUUUGGCUUGAAUUCCAUCGGUCGCCAAGCUGCAAGCUUAAACGUAAAGUUUUGAAUGGCAUGGAUAUUUUUAGCGGCACUGUUGGAAUUGCUGGCACUGCUGCAAUGGCUGUGUCCAUGGUGACGCCAAUUGGUCCUAUUGCGUUGACAGCAGGCUUAGCAUGUGCAACGGCGUCAGGAGUUUGGAGCAUUGCUCGAGCGUCCUCUAAACUGACCGACCGUUACACUCAUGAACAAUCAAUUGGUUUACAUGACCCAUUAGCAAGAAACGCAUGGAUAAGUAUUGGUGGCACGACUUUAGGGAUUGCAGCAACUGGUGGGAGUGCGCUUCUUUCGAGAGCUGUUAUAAGAGGAGCUAACAUAAGCAGAGCCGCUACCUUGGCCUAUGAGACAGUCAAUGUGGGUAGUGUAGUAAUGAAUGGCAUCGGCCUUAGUGUAGAUGCUUAUGAAAUGUACAUGAAUUAUAAAAAGACCAAUGAGAUUUCAAAGGGCAACGUACUUUCACUGGUAACUCACAUAUUCUUCUUUGGAGCCUCUGUUGUGAAUUUCAAGCUGGCCAAGGAACUCAUCCACAGUACUCAGGGCCAAGUUCUAAACGAGUUUGAGAACAGUUUGCGGAGCAAUCGCCACAGAAAAGAAUUCCACAAGCUCAUGAGAAGGACCAUUACUAGCUGUGGAGAUAAAGCAACUGCAAACGCAGAGAUAAUCCGCGGUAUUCGUAACAUUUCCAAUAAGGAUGAAUUUUUUGCCUCAAUGGUCAGAUUAAGGAAGACCUUCAAUCGGACCAAAUCGAAUGCCUGGUUCAAAGAUGGGAAUGUUGUAAUUAACGGCAAGGACCUGAUCGAUCCCAUCAAAUUCUCUCAGUUACCUCGUAAUGAGAGAGUACAGUUGAUUAAUGGUGUAUUAGAGCAAAGCAGUAAUAUUAGUGUGCGUCAAAAGCGUAACUGGAUAAACUUUAAGGCUUCCGCCAUGCAAAAAGCCAGCACAUUUCCGAGUGUAUCCUCUUAUCAUGCUGGCAAAGGAUACAGGCUGUACAAAAACCUAGUGCUUAGCAAUAGUUCUGAAUUGUCUCAACAUCAAGUGCAGGACACAAAUAAUUUCACCUUUGUUAAUAGUUUAAUUAAGGAAAUGAUGCCUUUUCAUUGUUGGCAGUCUAUACUGACGGGUGUAUUUAAUCUAGCCAUGAAGCUUGUAACCGAUCCUAGGAUGAAUUUACGGAAGAGCCUUGCCGAAGCAGUCGAUUUUGUGUGGAGCUACAUCAAAGAAAACAUUUUCAGGGUACUGCCACUGUUGGUGUCUCGACACGUACCUGCGCCGCAUAACAACCUCGCUAAGAACAUAAUACAUAAAUUGUGCCAUCUUGCUGAAAGCGAGAUGGACAGAUUUGUGGAAGCCUUUAAGAAAUGGUUGAUUGGAACGAACAACCAGGAAGAGGAAAAAAAGAGAAGGGAUGAAUUCACUGUUUCCAGGAUUAGUUCCAUGGAAAUAGAUACUUGGGAAGUAAUAACAGUUUCCUUACCUAAGUCGCCCAUUGAAAAAUUGUCUACUUUAAUCAUCGUUAAGCUGGCUGUCAUUUACUCCUGUGUUUUUGUAGGAUACAAUAUAAGUUAGGUCAUAAUGGAUCUGGAUAUGAGUAAAUUUUUUUACACACUGUUUGUCUUACCACAGACGGUUAAUAUGAAUUCUAAGGUUAACAUUAAACUAUUUUUAUAUAAGAGCUGCUGCAAUAAAUCUGUAUAUUAAGUA